UAUCAUUGACCAUCACUGCUCUGAUAUAUAUCCACAACUUCCCAGUGCCAGUGAACAGGAACACGAUUCACAUCCCAUAGUCUUAUCCGCCCUUAUACGGGUAGCCAGCCACCAGGACUUGACUGUGACUAUCCGAACAGAGCCUGGCCCAUUCCCGUCACGGCAUCAGGCACCGGGAACGUGUCGCAGGAGAUUUUUGUAUCGCCUUUUGAACGCCUCUUUCAAAGUCUGCCUGCCCAUCAGUCCUCCUUAUUUUUCUCCCCUACGAGGACGACGGCGAGACUUGUCACUUCAUCCAUCUCUUCUUCUUUGACGAAGCACAUUGCAGGGACUAAGCAAGCUGCUGAGCAGACGAUCCCUCCUCCUACCAUGCCAUCGAGAUCUCAAACCCUCUACACGGUAUCUAGUGCCUCUCCCACGUCCUCUCCGUCCUCUUCGCCCAUUCCUCUUCCUGUAGGCAGCAAUGUGCUGUCUCCACGAGCCUCCUCGAGGCAAUCCUCACCCUUCUUUGAGCCAUCUCCCGGGUCGCCAGCCAGUCUAGCGCUCAGCAAACAGCUCAGCAGAGGGACAACGCUGAGCUUUGGUGAGGACGACCUUGAUGCUCAGGGCUACCUGUAUUCCCUGCGAGUCGCCGUGCUACGACAGCGGCUGGACGCUCCUAGCAAUUCGAAACGAUCCGUCACACCUCCGAUACCCUCUCCCCCGCUUCUCGCAUCUUCUCCAGAGAUCAGCUCACCCCCUCUGGGACCAGCAAUGAACAGACGAAAGUCCUCCUUUGGCUUGAGCAAGAAGAAGAAGGACGAUGAGGACAGUCUGAAGCUGCCGAAAGAGUUCCUCGUCGAAUUCUGGAACGUCCUUGAGGCUGAGAACGGGAAUCAAGGCUGGAAAAUCACAACUGCAGCCUUUUUGAAGCAGACCAAGGGAACAAAGACGGGAAGCGGUAUGAAUCUGAGAUAUCUGCCGGUGCUCCUUGACGCUUUCAGCCAGGUUGCUGCCGCGGAAUCUCAGGCUUCAUCCAUGCCACACGAACACCAGUCACAUCUCCUGCAGCUUCUGUACAACUUUCUCCCGCGGUCGACCUUCUUCUCGCCCCUUGCGCGCUCUCAAACAGAUAAAGACAAGGAUCUCCUCUUCAAACUCCGGACUGAGGUUCAGGCUUACCUCGGUAAUCAGGAUAUUUCUCGAUCCACCGCCACGACGCCGACAGCUGGACCGUCUCCGCGGCUAGGUUCAGAAACGAGAGGACCGCGAAAGGCGCCACCUUCACACACCGCCGACUUUGUAUCCUUGGUGGGAGAUGUAUGGGGAAGAUCGCAAGAAACGUUGACACGGGAUGUGCUUCGAAUGGAAGAGUCAGAUUCGAUUGAAAAGACAUACUUGCUCGAUCUAAAGAGGGAACUCGCCGUUCAGCCCGGGCCUUUUGGCGGUCUCGAAAAGUCUAGAAAGCAACGUGCUUCUCAGCAACUCACAGAGCUUUUGCAAAAAUAUCCUCGUCUCGCUGCGCCAGGGGAUCCGAAAAAUGCCACCGUUACGAGCGACACCUCACCCUCGUUCUUUGUCCCGGUCCAGAAGACUCAGGUCCUACGUAGACUGGUGGCUCGUGCGAGCGGGAGAGCAGACGAGCUCGUCGAAGCGUGCCGGCGGAUAUGGAUCGUGCCCUCGCGGGACGAGCUGGAACGAGAGCUGGUCACGCUCCAUGAACAGUGGAGAGCCAGCCUCGGUGGAAAGCGCGAGAUUGAACUUGCAAGGUUGAUGGCACCCGUCAUCAAAGAUCUCGAGACUGAGCUGGAGGGAGAAUCGUCGCAAGCCAUCCGGGAUCUCUCCGAUGCACUUUACGACUUGCUCGCCAAAGCUAUAGAGUCCAUUUUCCCCAUCACCGAUAUCCCACCCGCUCGACCUCCUGCAUCCCUGCUCUAUCUCUUUGCUGCUGGUCAGGACAUAUUUUUCAACCUGGGCGAAAGUAUUCUUAUCGACCUCUCGGACCAAAUCAAAGGAGCAGCAGUCCAAGAAUAUGUCAUGGUCGCACAGGCAAUGCUGUCCAGUACACCUGUCCAUGAACACCAAGGUGUGGACCACUUUGCAAAAGUUGCCACCUGGAUCGAAAGGGAGGUGAUAAAUGUGAAAAAGUCUUGGGGCUCUGGACUGGGAGAUCGACUCGAUCCGGCGAGUAUCAUCCUUGCCAAGCAGCUGCCCUUGUUCUGCGCCGAGUUACAAAGUUUGGACAAGCCCUCCAGUUCCUCCGAGGUGUUCUCGUUAUACGAUACUGUCGCGAGAUUGGUCGACAUGUGGGAGGACCAGUGCCCAGGGCAAGAGAUGGGCUUUGAGCUGCAUCACUUUUUCGAACCUCACAUCAAAGCUUGGCUGAGAGAAACAGAGACUUUGUCCAUCCAGGAAUGGGUGUCACGCGCAAUCGGAAUGGAUGACUGGCGUCCAGAUGGACAUGCCAAGCACUCUCAAUCCGUCACCGACCUGUUCCAGUUCAUCCAUGCUUCGCUCAGGACCAUCCAGGAAGAUCUCCCUCUCAGCGACUACAGGCGGAACGUGUACCUUAUUGACUUGUCCAAGAUCAUCUCUGCUGCCGUCACACAGUAUGCCGCCACCAUCAACGCUGUGUUCAUCGCCGAUGUGACCCCUGCAAAAAUAUCCACUCCGACUACCGAGUUUCAAGCAAUGCUCGGGGGAAAAGCUGGAUCUUGGCUUGCCAAAGGUCAACAGGCUGUCAAAUCUCUGGAAAAGAAAAAGGUCGAUGGGUUUGUGGCGCCCCCAACGGCUUGCACCAAGCUCAUGGAUAUCACGCAAUCCCAAGUUUCCUUGCAGGAUAUCAUCUCGGACCAAGAUAUUUCCUCGAAACCCAAUGUCAAGUCCUUAAGAGUGAAUGGCGACGCGACUGGCCGGCGAGCUGUCACUGUGACUCUCAUGCGAGGCUCUGGCAUGCUAGCGAAAGGAUCCACAAAGGCCGCCGAUGCGUUUGUAGUCUUCAGCGACAAGGAGACAGGCGAUAGACUGUUGAAGACUCAGACGAUCCUCGGGAACGAGAAUCCCCGAUGGAAUGAAACUGUCGAGAUCACCAUGGGCAGCGCCAAAAUUCUUGAGUUCUCAGCCUACAACCGAUCACUCGUCGGCAAACACGAUUUGAUUGGUUCCGGUACUCUCAAAGUCGACAACGAAACGUUUGUGUCCACACCUGUACGCGACCUCCUCGUCACGCUCACUCCACAAGGCUCGAUCCGAGUCCGACUCGAUAUCGAAGAUGGCGCAAGCAACGAUGCAAAUCGAUACUUGUCGACGGCAAUGCGCAGUCUUGAGCGGACCGAAGUCGACAUGAUGAGGGAAAUCACCGACCGUAUUGGCGAGACAGUGCAGAUCGUCCUUUCAACUGGUACUCUGAACAAUCUCGCCAAACAGCUCAAGGAUAAGAAGCGACCAAAAGGAGCGCUGAGCGAUGGCGAGAUUGAAGCCAGUCUCGGGAGCCUUUUCGAAUCUCUCAACGCCAACUUCGCCGUCUUUACCCAGACUCUAGACACAGUGACAAGAAUAGCUCUGAUGCUGGAUAUUUGGCAUCGAAUCAUCGACACUCUCAUCUCCCUUCUUGUGCCUCCUUACUCUGAUCAACCAUGCCCCUCGCGGAUCUCACCGACGCCCAUGGAAGUUGACAUCAUAUUCAAGUGGCUACAGAUGCUCAAAUCAUUCUUGAACGCGUCGGAUGAUGCUGGUGAGCACGGUGUACCGGCUUCUCAACUGCAAGACCAACGAUAUCGAGAUUUACUGGUCUUGGGUCAAUACCUCGAUCUCCCGAAUCCAGCUCUGAAAGAACGAUGCUCAGCCGCUGUAAAGGCUGCACUGGCUGCACAAGGAACCGAGGAUAGGAGGAAACAGGAGCUUAUAGAGACUGCUGAGGUCUUGUUGAGAUUGGCUCGAACACGAUCGGAUUUGGGACAAUUCCUCGCGCAGCAAAUAGGUGUGCUGGCACAGACGAGGGCGAGUCGAUGAGCGUUUGAUGAUUUUCGGAAACAACAGGGCUGUCGUGUAUAUAAUGGCGAGAGAAGAUGUGGAUCAGCAUGAGCUGACCUCGGAGACGUCAGCAAGCAUGUCAUGAGUGGCUGGGAGGGAUAUGUGUUAUCCGGCGAGGCGCUUUUCAUUUUACACUUUUGCACUCCUGCACAGUUCGCCAGGACAAGUCGAUGACACAGCAUAUGCAUGCUUGCACA